AUGAUGGGCUAUGGGAGUCACCUUUUCCAGCAGCAGCAACAACAGCCAUCGCAGCAGCAGUCGCAACCGCAGCAGCAACAGCAACAAUCUACUUCUCAGACUCAACAUCCGCUAGGCCCGCAGGCCCAGCGGCCGCAUCACGUGCAGUCGCCGUCGCUGGCUGCGACGCCCAACCUACCGCAACAGGCCCAUGGCAGUCCAUUCGCCAGUAACAAGCUGCCCUUCCAGGCACGGCAGCAGCAAAACUUUGCAUCUUCGCAAUCGCCAGACAUGCGGAAAAUGACGUCGACGCCGUCCGGGGGCCCGCUGCCGGGGUAUCCCUCCUCCGCGAGCUUCCCGCAGUUUCCCGGCCAGUUUGCACCCCAGGGUGGCUCUCCGGAUCUAAUGUCGCGGAAUUCGGACCCCAUGGCCCUACAAAACUUGCAACGGGGCUUUAACCCGAUGGCCCAGGCUCACAUGCGCCAACAGCAGCCGGGGAUGAGUCCAUCGAAUGCCAUGUCCCAUGCUGCGCAGGGUCUGAAUGUGAACGUUUCAUCGCCUCAGCAAUCGAUGAAUCGCUUGCCGCAGCAGCACGCGGGUAUGCACCAGCGGGAGAGUCAUGCACAUGCACAUCCUACCGCCAGUCCCGCCAUGGCCAGCCCGUCUAUGUAUGCCAUCAAUCAACAGCAGCGGCCGCCCCAUUCACAGCCUCAGUCCCCACAGCAAUCACAGCAACAGUUGCAGCAACAUCAGCAACGCCAUCAACAGCAGCAGCAACAGCAGCAGGAACGCCUCCAGCAACAGCGAAUGGAGCAUCAGAAGCAAAUUCAGCAACAACGACUUGAGCAGCAAAGGCAGAUGGAGCAGCAGCAACAAUUGGAACAGCAGAAGCAGCAUCAGCAGAGAGUAGAGCAGCAGAGACUUGAACAGCAGCAGCGCGAGCAACAGCAGCAGCAACAACGCUUGGAGCAGCAACAGAAGCAACAGCAACAGAGACUGGAACAGCAAAGGCUUGAACAACAGCAGCGCGAUCAGCAGCAACGGCUUGAGCAACAGCGGCUACAAAAACUGCAGCAACAGGCUCAAGGUCAAUAUUCGUAUCAACAACAGCAGUCUCCAUAUCCGCAAUCCGCUCAAGCCUCGUUCCAUCCAUCUCAAUAUCAGCCUCAAGCACAAACUCCAUAUCAACAUACCCAAUUCUCUCAACCGCCACAGCAACCUCAAUACCAGUCACAGUCCCAAUUUCAGCAUUACCAACCGCCAUCUCACCCAUCGCAAGUGCCGCCUCCACACGCAUCAGUUCCGUCGACUGUUCCAACCUUCGCGGAAUCUCCCUCUAAGCAAGAGCAGCAAGAGGAGAAAAAGUCUGGGCCAAAGAAGAAGGCUAAACCCCGGAAGUCUGCCCCUGCUCACACUCCCACUCAAACUCCCAACCUACCUUCUUCUCAGCUUCCCCAUCUACCGUCCACCCAGCCGUCUACGCAAACACCUGCUCAACAUUUCCCUAUUCCCACAAAUACUCAACCUAAUGGGGGGCAACAGAUGCCCGGUAUGCCGGUUGCGGUACCUGCCAAGCCAGCCUCAACCCCGCGUCGUCGUGGACGGCCACGCAAAGAAGAGGUAGCAGCCAGAGCGGCGGCUCAGGCGGCUCAGAAUGGACAGCCGCUUGGAACUCCUCAAACUGGACAGUCCUCUUUCGCAGCAACGAUGACACCGAUCCAUGCAGCCUCUGCAGAAGCACCCGGUUCCGAACAGCCUUCAGCCCCGUUGCUCGGCCAAGAUGGAAAACCCGUAAUCGGUCCAGAUGGAACUCCUCUCCCUUUGAAGCGAAAGCGUGGUCGCCCGCGCAAGGAGAUACAGCUUGCUUACGCAGUCGCCACGGGCAAGCCGCUGCCACCACCCAAGCCAAGAAAACCAGCUGCUCCCAAAAAGCCCGGCACUGGACGUCCGCGAGGACGACCCCGCAAGGUGGAUGUGGAAGCUGCUAAGGCUGCUGCGGAGGCGGCUCAGGCACAGCAAAAUGGUCAACAGCCUCCGUCGGGUGAAAGUGUAAUGGAUUUUAGUACGGGUCAACCACACACGACGAAUAUGGCUGUGAAACGCGCUGCUCCUGGAGCGGAGGACGAUCCCAGCAAGCGGGCGAGACAGAUGCCGCAGCAGUCACAAUUUUCUCAGCCGGGUCAACUGCCACCGCAACAAGGUCCACAUGGUUCGCACCCAGCUCAGCAAGCGGGUCAACUGCCAGUUCAAUACCUGCAACACCAACCCCAACAUGGCCACCCCCUACCACCGCAGGGACAACCCAUGUCAAUGCCGCCACAUAUGCAGGUACAGCACCAUCCAUCGCCCAUCCACCCUCCGCGACCUCCGCCUCCUCAUCCAUACAUGCAAUCCCCAGGCCCAGGACCGCCAUCAAUGCAAAUGCCACACCAGAUGCCACAGCAGCAGCAACAUCCACAGCAGCAACCCCUCCGCCAACAGCAACAUCCCUCUCAUCCCCAGGGCCAGCAGAUGCAGCAGCAACAGGGUAAACCGCCGGCCCCGCAGCACCAGAAUCAGCACACAUUCCAAGUGCAGCUCCCCCCUCAGUCGAGUUAA